AUGUUCGAUAAUGAAGAUUGGAUUGAUAUCGACGCUGAAGAAGAAAAUGAAAACGAACAAGAUGACGAGUUAAUGGCGAGAAAUGGGCAACAAUCAAGUCAACCACCUCAUGUUGAUUUGCAAUUUCAAGAUGAUCUGAGGAAAAUGAUCCUUGGAAUCCAAAAUGACUUUUCCAUCAAACCAGAAGAGAAAGCUCAUAAGAUUCAGAAUUUGAUGACUUCCAAAUGGAGACAGUUUGAAAAGAAACCAGCCUCAAAUUCAUUGUCCAUUAAUAAGGAAUCAACUGAGGAAGAUCUCAAACCAACUUAUAAUGAAAAGUUUCAAACAUUGGGUUGUAAGCAUUAUCGUCGAGGAGCAAAAUUGCAAGCGAAUUGUUGUGGUCGAUGGUUCACCUGUAGACUUUGCCAUGAUGAUGCUUGUGAUCAUCAGAUUGAUAGGCAUGCUACUAAAAAUAUGAUGUGCAUGCAUUGUAAAGAUAUUCAGCCAGCCAAUAAAUCUUGCAACAAGUGUAAGCGUGAAUUAUCAAGAUAUUAUUGUGAUAUAUGUAAAUUCUGGGAUGAUCAACCAGAUAAAAAAAUUUAUCACUGUAAUUCUUGUGGAAUUUGUCGCAUCGGUGAAGGAAAAGAUUAUUUUCAUUGUGACGUUUGUGAUUGCUGUAUACUUAUUGGUUCAAAAAAUACUCAUAAAUGUAUCGAGAAAAAUUUGGAGCGAGAUUGUGUUAUUUGUAAUGAAUAUUUAUUUACCUCAAGAUCUCAAGUCAUUUUUAUGCCUUGUGGGCAUAGCAUGCAUAACAAUUGUUAUCAGGAAUAUAUUAUGACAGCAUAUCAAUGUCCCACAUGUUGGAAAUCUAUUGGAAAUAUGGAUCUUUAUUUCCGCAGAAUUGAUUCGAUCGUAGCUCAACAAAAAAUGCCACCAGAAUAUGAAAAUUUUGUGGCACAUAUAUUGUGUAAUGACUGCGAAAAUCGUAGUACCGUCAAAUAUCACUUUUUAUAUCACAAAUGUCCUCAAUGUCAAGUUAGACAGUCUAGAGUUAUGGAAGUUACUGCUAUGAUGCAGGGUGAAGAUGGUCCCGCCGAUGCAAAGGUUAAUCGUAGUUUUGAAGGAUAUUCAGAAUGA